UGUAUAAUGUAAUAUAAUUAUCAACGGUUUUAGAGGAAGUGCAGCAGAAUGCGAUGGAAGCACUCAGCCCAGGCAGGUUCAGGAGGAUUUGGAGGGAAAGAUGCCUGAUGGGACUUCGCACAACCCUUCCUUAGUCAUCGGAACGAACUCCAAUCAGGAAAUCGACAAAAUAAAUACGAUAGAAAGUUCUUCAGUACCCGUUGUUGCCAGUGUAAGUCAAUUCAAGAAGCAUGCAAUACGAAGAAACAAGAAGAUCAACCGCGGAAUGAAAUUGUUAAACAAGGUAAAUAGAGAUAGUGAAGAAUACAAGAAGAUGAUGUGGGAAAAGUUCAUAGCCAACGAAAAGAAAAAACGUAUUUUCGAGUCCUUCAACCCCAGGGACACGCUUCCAUCGCCCUAUAUUAAAACUCUGGAGGAAGCAUACAUCACCAGGCAGAAAUUCAAGCAUUAUGUAAUGGUGAGCGGUGUGACCAUCAAAUCAAGAAGAACAGAAAAAGAACCUUCAGUGCCCAGUUUGGAGCUCAAGUCGUAUUUAAGCUGUACAACUUUGACAAAUCUUGAAAAUAUCGAAAACCAAGCCAGGAAGGAUGAAGAUCAUAAGUCACACCGGUCCCCCUCCACGAUCAGCAGCUUGAGGCUGGACGAUCUAGAUGGAACAUCGCGGGACGAGCUUCAGAUCCAACAGCCAAAUGAAUACAGGGAAUUGCCGUGCACAAGCACUGAAAAAUCUACAAAUGAAGAAAAAAGAAAAGCUUCAGAAGAAACUUUACUAAAAACGAUGGAGCAAAAAUAUCAAGAGAAUCAAAUGGCUGAUAAACAAGAAAUAAAACAAACAGAGAUUAUAAUAGUUGGCUACUUUCUCAACGACGACAUUCAGGAAGAAAAAAAGGUGACAUUUGAUCUCAAUGCUACACAAAUUGAUAAGAAAUCCAUUCCAGAUAAUGUUGAGAACAAGUCUGAAAAAUCACAAGAAGGAACUAUUACAGAUAUCGCUUCAACUUCGAGGAAUGAUUCUGGUCUACAGUCUAUGGAGAAAUCUGCCCAUAAGUCUAUGGCAUGUGUGAAACACAAUUCAAAGAGCAACAUAAAAGGAGGUAGCUGGAAUUCAGUCGAAAUGGUGCGGACGGGACAUGGCAGUCAUGCUGAAACUAUUUCCGCUUCUGAAUCUUCACUUUCAAGCGUUGAUAUCCAAAAUAAAAAACGAUCGCAUAGUUUGCUCAGGAGGUUUAUAAGGAGAUUCAGUGAUACCGACAGAAAAUCUUCGACUGUCGGGAAGUUUAUCAACCAAAAGUUGGAUCAGGUGGUAGAGCGACCUUCGCAGGAAUCUGUCCACGGAAUGCCUUCCCAAGAGCAAAUCCCUACUUCGGAAGGUAGAGUGAAGAAGGCGUGGGAGAAAACAAAGAAGUUUUGUUUGUUGGGGUUAGCAGCAAAUGAGUCGGAAAAUACGGAUAGGCCAACUCAUCCAAAGGAUAACAUAUCCAAAGCGGAUUCGGAGAGUGAAGUAAAAAACGAAGGAUAACUUCGAUUUAAUUUCAUUG